GCGGGAAAUGGUUGGCUGAGUAUCGUUAUAACGGUUAUAACUUAUUAGCCGCAGUGGCUUGUAUUGUGAAAUUAGGCUUGAAGGGCUUGAAGGAAGUGGUUCGUUCCUGACGCGAGGACUUGCAUGAGGCAUGUUUGCAUUAUAUCCAAUUUUAUAUCGAAAGCUUAGGCAACAUCGAUAGACGUGCCGUCAUAGAGUGGAAUAUGAGUUUCAAACAUCAGGCAGAACAUGGGGCUGAUCACCUUUCCAGCGAGAAGCAGAACUUAAUGGUGCAAAGUCAAAUCUUCACGCCAUUAGUAAAUUACCAGAGCAAGCCGUAUGUUCCUAUGGCUAUAGAAGAAAUUUCGGAGGUCACGAGUCUCAAGCGCUGGGCCAAUGUAAAAGUACGAGUUGUGGGGAGAGUCAUACUUCCCUCAACAUUAGUUAGUGUGUUUGAACAGGGCGGGCCAUAUAGCAUUGCAUUAGAUUUACAUUUAUUGGAAGUGUAUCCGCAGGAUAACACAGUUAUUCAACUUUAUGGUGAAGUCGAGCUCUGCUUUGCAAAACCACAAAUAAGAGUUUUUUUCUUCAGGAAAUUGGAUGGCCUUGAUGUAGAAAGUUACUACAAAGCUAUCGAGCUUCAAAAGAAAUACAUACCACAUUUCAUUAAACCUUAAAACAUUAAUCUGGCCUGAUAUUUGAUAUGAAAUUAGGUCUCAGUGCUGAAAAGAAUUUCAAAAUAAUUUGUUAUAUUUUACUUUUGUCAGAAUAAUGUAAACAGUUUUUUUUUAAGUAUUGUGAUACCAAAGUUAAUAACCUUAUGAUGAAUAGGUACUGUGUUGCGAUACAUUUGAAGUGCUAUUGGCAGUGACCGAAAAUUACUUUCAUCUGGGAUGUGACAGCAUGAUGCUUUCUUGGCCUGCUUUUUGUACAUUGAAGAUGGAGACAGUAUGUUCCUCUGAAAUAUCAGUGAACUUCUACCACACUGCACAACAUGACAUCCCAGAAGACACUUUUCCACCACUGUGUUAACCAUACCUAAUUUUUCAUGAUAGCCAUGUUGGAUCAUUGAAGUUCAGGAUUUAACCCUUCCAGUGCCGUGGAUGAGAUUUAUAACUAAAGAACACUGCCAUUUCAGCUUAAUUAUUGAGUUUCUUGUUUCAUAAUGCAAAUUCUUUAUGGUUAUUCAUCAACGAAAGUUACAUGUCAUCUACCAUGGAUGAUGUCCACAGAACAAGAAAGAUAUUAUUAUUGAAUAAAUCUCAGCAUAAAAAGGGUUAAGAAAAUUAUAAAAUAUUUGCAGGCUAUCAGCAGUGUCAGUUGGUUAAAAAUUAUCAACAUAUCAAGGACCAUCUCUGUCCCCAUCAUCAAGGUCUGACGGGAUGUAAGAUGUCACAGCUGAUAGUCGAAGAAGAUUUUAUUAACUUCAGCUGCUGCAGUAGCUUCAGAUCUUACAGGAUUAAGAAAUAUCUGAGGGACUUCCAGCGACAUGGUCGUCUUGUAAUGAUUUAUGAAAAUUAGGCAGUUUGUUCAGAACUUAUUAUAAAAGGAAUUAUAGACAGUAUACAUGUAUUUCUUGAUUUAUGUGAUAGUUGUGUUACAAAAAAUAGUCACGGAGGAUGAAA